AUUACAAGAAAUAAAAGCACCUCUCCCCCCAGCUAGCUAGCUAGCUAGCUCCUCAUAUAUAUUUUCUUUCCACCGCAAGAGGAGAGGAGAGGAGAGGAGAGGAGCGAGGCUAGCCCCCCAGCAUGGCGGCGGCGAACAACACGGCGAGGCUGGCCAUGGCGGCGGCGGCGGUGCUGUGCCUGCUGCUGCUGUCGACGGUGCCGCAGGAGGUCGCCGGCGCCGAUCAGGGGCAGUACUUGUCGUAUGACAAGGUGCUCAGCUGCAAGGCGCUGGGCAACUGCGACGACAAGAAUCAGAGCCCCGAGGCCAAACGCCCGAUGAAGCCUGUCAACGGAUACACCCGCGGCUGCAGCAAGAUCUUCAAGUGCCGCGGCUGAUCGAUGCAUGGAUGGAUGGAUGCGCAUCAUAGUCCGUGUGGGCGUGCAUGCCAAUUGCCAACUGAUGUUUCUUGCGUUGCAUAUCAUCGAUCCGCGAGUUCUGUGGCUAUUGUAUACUGAUGUGUCCGUAUGUGGCUCUCAACUUCUCAUGGUUAAUGUGAUAUAUAAGUACAGUGACAACAA